GAAUACCUGCCUGAACAGAAUUACACCUUCUGGCAGUGGUUUGAUGGGGUUAUGGAGGUGCUGAAGAAGCAUUUGAAGCCCCAUUGGAACGAUGGAGCCAUUCUGGGCUUUGUCAAUAAGCAGCAAGCGCAUGACCUGCUCAUCAACAAGCCGGAUGGGACCUUCCUGCUGCGAUUCAGUGACUCAGAGAUCGGCGGCAUCACCAUUGCUUGGAAGUUUGACUCCCCUGAACGGAUGUUUUGGAACCUGAUGCCCUUCACAACCAGAGACUUCUCCAUCCGCUCACUGGCUGACCGCCUGGGAGACCUCAGUUACCUCAUCUACGUGUUCCCUGACCGGCCCAAGGACGAGGUCUUCUCCAAGUACUACACGCCGGUUCCCUGUGAGUCCACGCCAGCUAAAGCUGUGGAUGGAUACGUGAAGCCACAGAUCAAACAAGUGGUGCCAGAGUUUGCCACCGCAUCUGGGGACUCAACCCCUGGGUCAGCCACUUACAUGGAUCAAGCACCAUCUCCUGCCGUGGGCUCCCAGACCCAUUACAACAUGUACACGCAGAACCCCGAGGCCGUGCUGGACCCUGAAGGGGACUUUGACCUGGACGACACGAUGGACGUAGCAAGGCAUGUCGAGGAGCUUCUACGGCGGCCAAUGGACCAUCAGUGGAUCCCUCACGCCCAGUCGUGACCUGGGGGUACCUCCCCCCACACCCUGUGACAGCCCCACCUGGCAGCCACGGCCUUGGGGAUGACACGGGGAUGCAGCCCUCCUGAGAGCAGCCUCGUGUUCAUGUCUCUGUGCCAGAGCCAGUGGUAUGUGAGGGCUGGGGUGUCCUUUCCCAAGGGUUUGCUCUGAACCGUCUGCAGUGCCCCAGGGCUGCACGAGGCUCUCUGGUGUUUUAUCCCCUUGUACAAAAGGCAGUGGAUUUGUCGCAUGGUUUUCCUGUACGUUCCUUUGAGGCCCAGCUUUGGCUUUCUGCUUCUGCAAGCUCCUGCUCUCAUGGCUGUUCCCUAGUGCACCACGCGUGUCUUUGGCAUCCCACUGGCUCCCUCUGGAGUCUGGAUCGUUGCCUGUGCCCCAACAAGCCCCUUCAGAUUUGGCAAGAGACCUGAGGGAGGUGAGGAGGGUGGCGCUCCUUAAAUCCCAUUUUCUGUCACUGUUACGUAGAUCCAGAUUCACCCUGGAUCCCUAGCUGCUCUGUUCCGUGGGGGUGGGGGUGUGCGCAGGGGGUGCGGUGAGCAUCGGGGUCCUGGAUGGGGACGGGGAGUGUGGCAGUGGGUGAGUGCCUGAGAAGGCCACAUGUGACCUCUCUUGGGCAUCCCACCCUGCCAAGGCAAGUCUGUGUCCAGAAGCUGCUCCCAUGUUGGGGAUGAUCAGGCUGGCAGUGCCCUGCCAGGGGCUUUCUUGCUUGGGGGUCCUUGUCAGGUCUGUCUUUGGCAUGAAAAGUUCACAAGGAAUUUGUGUGCCUCCGUGUUCCUGCCCCCGUGGCACCCUUGCAUCAGCGUGUUGGGUGAACCAUGCUGCCCUGGCUCCUCUCAGGUUUGCUUGCUUAACCAGGGGUGAGAGGAACAAGGUUGUGUCAAAGAGGGGAUCCCAGGCCUGAGGCCCAGGGUCA